CCACCCCCAUUCUCCGGCGCGGGUCCUCGGCAGUACUGCAGCAACGGUAACCGCGCAAGGAUGCCGUGUGCACGCGCCCUGCUCGCGGUCGGCCUCGUCGCAAUACACGCAGUGUUCGCGGCGGACAAGCGUCAGCCGAUCAAGGAGGCCCUAUUUCUGAACAGCGACCAGUUCGGCAACGCGACGUUUGAGGACUGCGUGUGGAGGCGGGAACGGGAGCCCUGCCCCGACCCUGAUGUCAAGCUGCAUCUCUACACCGAGGCUGAGCCCACCAAGAGAGUGGUCGACUUGUUCAGUGAAGAUUGGCUGCGGCAGAGCGGCUGGGAGCCGGCGCACGAAACUAUUCUUCUGAUCCACGGAUAUGCGGGCGGCGACGACACGCUGCCCAUUAGCGUGCUGCGAGACGCGUACCUCCGGCGCGGCGGCUACAACGUGUUCAUGCUGGACUGGGGCGCGCUGUGCCAGCCGCCGUGCUACGUGUCGGCCGUGCACAACCUGCGGCCGGCGGCGCGCUGCGCGGCCGAGGCGCUGGGCUCGCUGCGCCGCGCAGGGCUCCGCCCCGACCGCCUCACCUGCGUGGGCCACAGCCUCGGCGCGCACAUGUGCGGCAUCAUCGCCAACUAUCUCACCUUCCGGCUCAAUAGGAUCAUCGGUCUGGACCCGGCGCGGCCGCUGAUCCGCUCGGCGCCGGCGCUGCGCCUGGACCCGGGCGACGCGCGCGCCGUGCACGUGCUGCACACCAACGCGGGCCGCUACGGCGAGGCGGCGCGGCUCGGCCACGCCGACUUCUGCCUCAACGGCGGCCGCAGCCAGCCCUUCUGCGAGGACACACCCAACGAAGCGCUGUGCAGUCACAUCUGGUCCAUCUGCUACCAGGCGGAGAGUUUGUUUGUACCACGUGCCGCGGCGCCGUGCGGGCGGCGGUGCUCCGUGCGCGUCCCUCCGUCCAGGGCCUCGGCGCUUCCCGUGCUACUGGGACAGCCUGCGCCUAUGACGGCAUCCGGUGCAUACUGCGUGGAAGACUUCGCGCCGCCGUUCUGUCCGCAGAAGGGCGGCGACGAGGGCGACCCGCGCUGCUGCCUGGACGCGCAGUACGAGGCGGCGGCCACGGGCGAGCCGCCGCGCAAGCGCCCGAGGCCCCUAGUGCGACUCCGCGCCAGGAGGGUCAAGAACAUGGAGGUGGAUUCCAGUCAGGUGCAGGACUAGUUCCACACGAGCUUACAGUCUGCAUUUAAUAUAUCGUAAUAUACCUUUGUUUGCAUAUAAAUAAGGAUGUGUUCCGAUAUAUUUGGCCACCACUAUUUGAUGCAGACUGUACCAUGACAGUUUGUUGUGUACCUGUAUUAGUCACCACGGAGCAGCCCCGCCCAACUUGAGAUAUCUUGCGAGAGGGCUUUAGAAUAUCCUAGAUGUGGGCGCCAGUGUGGUUCAUGAUUAUUGUGGUCAUAAAGUCCAAACAUCUUUCUAGUAGGUAACUAUAUAGACUAUCUACAUGUUGCCAGACAAGAAUCCUCAUUAUAACUAAACCACAGAUUCAUGGUCUGAUCAAAAUGUGUAUUUCUUUAUUAUGGCAUACGUUGCCGCUCUUUACUACCUAGGUAGUUGCCAGGUAGGUAUUACUAAAUGGCUAAUUCAACAACUAAGUUUCGUCUCGUUUGGCGACGAUUAGCUGCUUAAGUUUAAAUAAUUAGGUUUUUGGCGCAGGCUUACUGCAUGCAUUAGUUUUCUAGUGAAAAUUUUGGUAUCGUCUUGGGUCGUCCCAUUCGUUCUUCGUCAAGUUCUUAACGCAUUCACUGCCAGGGGGCGUGACCUAGGAACAAACUAGUAUGACGGUGAACGCACAUGUGCGUCGGGGGCAGUGAAUGUGUUAUAUUAGUCCUAUUCUACUUUCGUCACUCAUUCUACAUUCAUCACAAUCGUCGGUGGCUUUCAAUGUAGAAUGAGUGACGAAAGCAGAAUAGGACUAAUUUAAGAACUUGACGAAAAUCGAAUGGGACGACCCAAGACGAUACCAAAAUUUUGAACUGCUAUACCUAUUAACUAAUUUAUACAUAGUCUUUGGGAGUACAAAGCAAUUAUGGUUCAAAUACUGAACUUCAUACAGACUGAUGUAUUAUUGAAUGUUAUAAGCAGGAAAUCGUUAAUAUUGCGGCAGGUUUAGACUUCAAUAUUUGUUUCAAAGGGUUGUAUAAAUUAUUAAUUUAUAAGUUUUAUAACCGACAGCAAUCUUCUUGACAAAGCUGCGUCACUUUCGUUUGACAUAUUGAGGAAGAAAUACAAAUAACAUUUCGGAGGUAACAGAUACGAUAAUAGUGCCUAUUGCAUGUUCUAACAUCUGCUUUGUAAGGAAUGUGCUGAUCAAUGAAUAUAUAGUGCUGAGGGUGGUUCCACUUGUCCAAUUUAUUUUUGUCCAAUGUACACAGUGAGUGUCUCAUUAAGCAAAAUGUGAGACGCAAAUACACAUUGGACAAAGUAAUUGGACAGGUGGAAUACCAACCUGAUGUAAAACUUAGAUUUAAGUAUAAAUUAUCAAUUAUGUUAAAUAGAUAUCAUAUUAGCAAUAAGUGCUAAUAUCAAAACCAUAAAAAUGUAAGUAAGUGGAAAUAAUCUGAAAUUCCUUGAAAUUGUUCACCAUAAGUCCAUAACAUAACCGAUAAGUUUAUAAUAAUUGUAAGUAAUUUAACUAAUUUAUCUACAGAUUGGAUUGGAGAUUUUGAGCCAAAGAAGUAAAAUAAAAAAUAUUAAAAUUUGAUGUUGUAGUUUAAUUCAUGGAAGAGAAAUGAAAAUCCCUUUCCUUAAAAAUACUUAUUUAUUAGAUCUAGGAAAGGUCGUCAAAUUCAUAGGGUUCACUUUAUACAUACAAUUUUGAAAACUUAAUAUAUACAGUAUCUAUUAUGCAAUAUAUAUUGCUAAAGCUGUUUAAUAUUGUAAGUAUAUGGGAAUAGUAGAUUACGAGUAUAAAUUAAAGAAACCAGUUGCACAACAUCCAAAACACAACUUAUGAACUAAGAUACUUUUCAAAAGGUAUCACAAUAUAUGUAAAAUUGUAUAUGAAAGACUGUAGGGCUAAUCUUAGCAAAUAUUUGCAAACAACAAAAGAUAAAUGUAAAUUGCGACUGUCGGUAAUACGGGUCUCUAGUGUUUUCCAUAUUGUAUUGUUUGUCGCAUUUUUGUUAGUCAUAAUUUGGUUUUUCUCAAAAACGCGUAACUUUUCAGGAUUGGAUUGCCAUAAAACAAACCUAACCUAUCUAUUAGGUUAACCUAAUAAUAUUAACUAAAUCCUGAAAAGUUACCGGGGUUUUAGAAUUAUGACUUAACUAGCUGUUGCCCGCGACUUCGUCCGCGUGGAAUCUUAUCUUCAACAUUUUACAUCUUUAGUACCUAUACUUUUCAUAUCCAAGCAAUGUUGAAAUUAAGUACUUUUCUUUUUUAGCUAGUUGUAUGAAGUUUUAAGUCAAGUGGAUUUUGAUGUUGGUUGCUGAAAUUACUUUUCUUGUAUUCUCAUAAUAGGUACCUAUGCCCUUAUACAAAGAUUCAAGUUCCGCAUUCCGCACUCACAAAAUAUCUGAUCUCCAUACAAACUUUCGACCCCUUUCUCACCACCUUGGGGGAUGAUUUUCAAAAAUGCUUGAAUUAGUUUUCAUGUUUUUUAAUUUAUUACCUUUUUUUCCAAAAAGUUAAAGCUCCUAGCUUAAAAUUAAAUUUACACCCCAAGACGAAUUUUCAUCCCCUUUUUAGCCCCCUUAGGGAUUGAAUUUCCAAAAACGUUGCAGUUACUUUUUUUUGUAAUCGGCUAUUAUGUCUUUCUAAGAAGUUUCAAAGCAUUUGUAAUGGAUUCAAACUUUGAACCCCAUUUUAACCCUGUUAGGGGAUGAAUUUUACAAAUCGCUGAAUUCACUUUUAUUGUCUUCUAAUAAUUUCCCCAAAUACAAAGAUUCAAAUCCCGCGCUCGAAAAAAUGCAUGAUAUCCAUACAAACUGUCAACCCCGUUUUCACCACCAUAGGGAUGAAUUUUCAAAAACGCUGAAAUUACUUUUCUUGAAUUUUAAUAUAAUACCUUUUUACAAAGUUUCAAGUUCCUAGCUUCAAAUAAAAUUUGCACCUGAAGACGAACUUUCAUCCCCUUUUUAACCCCCUUUGGGGUUGAAUUUCCAAGAAGGUUGCAAUUACUUUUUUUUGUAAUCGGCUAUUAUGCCUUUCUAAGAAUUUUCAAAGCAUUAGUAAUGGAUUCAAACUUUGAAACCCAUUUUAACCCUGUUAGGGGAUGAAUUUUACAAAACGCUGAAAUUACUUUUAUUGUCUUUUAAUAGUAUCCCCAAAUACAAAGAUUCAUGUCCCGCGCUCGAAAAAAUGUUUGAUAUCCAUACAAACUUUCAACCCCUUUUUCACCACCUUAGGGGAUGUAUUUUCAAAAACGCUGGAAUUAGUUUUCUUGUAUUUUAAUUUGAAAUGUUUUUACAAAGUUUCAAGUUCCAUUCUUGAAAUAAAAUUUGCACCAGCAGACGAACUUUCAUCCCCUUUUUAACCCCCUUAGGGGUUGAAAUUCCAAAAACGUUGGAUAUACUUUUUUUGUAAUCGGCUAUUCUGCCUUUCUAAGAAGUUUCAAAACCAUUUGUUUUGGAUUCAAACUUUCAACUCCUUUUUAACCCUGUUAGGGGAUGAAUUUUAUAAAACGCUGAAAUUACUUUUCCUGUCUUUUAAUAAUAUCCCUAAAUACAAAGAUUCAUGUCCCACACUCGAAAAAAUGUUUGAUAUCCAUACAAACUUUCAACCCAUUUUUCACCACUUUUGGGGAUGAAUUUUCAAAAACGCUGAAAUUAUUUUUCUUGUAUUUUAAUAAUAUAUAUUUUAACGAAGUUUCAAAUUCCUAGCUCAAAAGAAAACUUUAACCUCAUACAAACUUUUAUCCCCUUUUUAACCCGGUUAGGGGAUGAAUAUUACAAAACGCUGAAAUUACUUUUAUUGUCUUCUAAUAAUAUCCCCAAAUACAAAGAUUCAAGUCCCGCGCUCGAAAAAUUUUUUGAUGUCCAUACAAACUUUCAACCCCUUUUUCACCACCUUGGGGGAUGCAUUUUCUAAAACGCUGAAAUUAGUUUUCUUGUAUUUGAAUUUGAUACUUUAUUACCAAGUUUCAAGUU